GGUAUUGUUUUGUAUCUUGUUCUUUGUUACUUUACUUUCAUAACCUAAAAAAGAUUUAUCAUUUAGAUUUAAACAUUCUGAAUUUUUGAAUUGCAUACUCAAAGUAAAAUCUUGAAAAGUGUUUGUCCUAUCAAUUGUAAAUAAAGACAUUGUAUUAUUCAUUUGUAAUGGCAGGAAUUGAUGGCGAUGAAAUUAUUGACUGGACAGCCGAAGCUAAAGCUGUAAUAGAAGACGUAAAACAAUUUGUGAAAGAAAUAGUUGUUUCUGAAAGGAUUCAACCAUUUCCAACAGGUAUUUUUAUCAACGUGACAACAAAAGAGAAUAAAAAAUACUGUGUAGAAUUUUGUUCUCAAGGAUUUCGUGUUGCCGGUCGUUCAUAUGAUGAAGUGAAUGAUGGUAGUUCAGCAGAUUCAGACACAUGGUAUGAAACACCGUAUUCGCUUUUGUCAACAAUCAGUCCUCAAUAUUGCUUAUCAUUUGGAAAUUGUCUGAUGCAGAAACUAAAUAAUUUGAAAAGCUCACAAGAAAAUCAAGAUUGACACAAGGAUGACGAAACCGUCGUCUGAAUCCGAACUCAUUUGGCCAGAAUGGGAUGAUUCUUCUUUGAAUAAAGAGAGCUGGCAUGGAGCGACCCCUGUUUCAUCUAAAAGCAAAGCAAGAUCUGAGAAGGACGUUGGAAGCUUCGUUGAUCCGUCUGGACAUGGUUUAAUCCCUUCUGAUUUCGAGGUAGCUUGUUGGAAACGACCUCAGGAUAUUGAACCGAAUUUGACCUACACUGUUGCUCCUCAAACUUCGAAUAUUGAAGAGUUUAUCUCUAGCAAUAUACAUCUACUUCGCUCAGAUCUGUUACAGAGAAUUAUGCUCUCUUACAUGAAUCUGGACAAUGCUGCCCAACGAUCUCCCUUUCCUACUGAAUAUACAAAUUCAAAAUUUUUUCCAUCGUUUGAUAAGUUUUGGAAGCCUUGGUAUCAUAUUUAUUCAUUGUGCAAAGCGGGAAAGGGUCACGCACAUAAACCUAUCUACAAUCCUUAUGGAAAAUAUAUCAUCAGGGUUUUCUUGGUGGGUCGUUGGCGAAGAAUAGACGUAGAUGAUUUCUUGCCGGUUGAUAGUGAAGGGAGAGUUUUACUCCCACUUACUAAACGACGCGAGGACUUGUGGCUUCCACUCUUGACAAAAGCAUUAUUGAAAAUAGUACUCAGUUCCAAAUCAGUCACUAUCAACGUUAUAUCCUGUUUAACUGGAUGGGUUGAAAUGCCAGUGAAUUGCGCUAAUAUAGAUAGAAAUCUGCUUUGGAAAUCACUUGAAAGACAUUUGAAGCAUGACAGUGAAGUGAGUAAUGUUGGAGAAAAUGAAAUCGAGAUGUGCAUUACUGAACCUCCAUAUUGCCUACACCAACAACUAAAGAUGCCGAAUCAUUAUCCUUAUUCUCCAUUAAUUGUCACGCAUUUCAGUACUUUGCCAUCGUUCAAUCGUGAAGAUUGCAUUAAUUAUGGAGCGAUAAUUGACUUCAAGGAUGAUGACGAGGGGCUCUUGGAUGAAGACAAAAUCGUUUUGGAAAACUGGAAAAUCUACCGCUGGAGAGAAUGGGCUAUCAAAAAUGGAAUUCUGAAAGAUUCUGUGAACAAUCCAGGUAGGAAAGUAUUAAUUUUUACGCCAAAUAACGUGAGAAAGGUGCAGUUUUUGAUUCCAGGAAACCGUGUUUCUAUUGAGACUGAUACGGAUGAACCAGCAUUAAAUCUCCUUUUGUGGGUCAAAAUGGAUACCCUAGUCUGCUCUUUGAGGAAAUUGAGUUUCUUCUAUAAACCUUCAGAGUUUAAGCAUUCUAAGCUCAUUGACAAUUUUCAAGAAUUUCUCACCAGUGCAUUGAAUCCAAAAGAAUCGAUUCAGCCAACACCAAAAAAGACGGCGAAAAAAAUCGAAGUAAAAAAUACGCUGUCUCAACCGGUCAUUGAUACCAGCAUGAAUUCUUUCUAUUUGGUAUGCGAUACUUUGUAUUGCAAAAUAUUUUUCAUCAGUUUUGAAGGAUUCAGUAAAACUAAGGACAUAUCAGAAGGUUACUCAAUAAUUGGAGAAAAAUUCACUUGGGAAAGGCAGACAAUUGGGAAAGCUCUUUUCUCAAUUCAUCUCCAUAGUCCUCAAACUGUGACAAAACUCCUGGGCUCUGGAUUACAGAUUUUGAGGAUCUGGUGUAAUUUGCCGAAGAAUUAUGCCUUGAGAAUAUUUUCAUACAGUGAAUUCACACUCUGCAGCAGAGAGAAAGUCUACCAAAUCAUGGCAUUACCCUCAAUCGCUGUCAAGUAUUUUGCACAUACUUCAAGCAACUUGUUUGCGGCUUUGAUAAAUAAAUCUUCAAAUUCAAACGCUCAUGGGGAAGCUUAUAAAAAAUUCAUCGAUUCAUUGGAGCCAAAAUAUUUUUCGAGGCAGGUGAAAAGCUCAAAGGAUCGGUCCUUGAUCAGACUGAAUAUAAUACAGACAUUUGAAGAAUUGGCAAUUGAUAUGUUGCUUGAAAAGAAGACAAACCCAGAUGAAUUCAUACGGUGUUUACUUGAAUUUCAGAAAUUAUUCCUCAAUCCUGGGUUUGGUGAGAAAUAUUUGAUGAUGAAAAAUCAAGAACUGUUUGAACAAUUUUUGAAAGAAGAGGAGCGUCGCAAACAAAUGAAUAAAUCCAAAAUUUCUCAGCACUCUUUGGAGCCAUCGGCCAAAGAAAACCAACUGAAAACAUCAAGAAAUGAUUCCCACAACCAGAAAGGUGUAGAUUUAUUGUUUGACGAUCCGGUAAACAUGAUGUCCAUUUUCAGGAGGUUUUUUGAAAAGAAUACCUACAUUUCAACGUUCUAUCCAUACACUGACUGUAAAGAAUAUGAAAUGUCGUACGUAGAUUACUCAGGAAGCUACACUCUUGCUGAACCAGAAACAGUUAUAUUGAUAUUACGUUACAUUAUCAAUGUUGAUCAUGUUGAUAAAAAGCCAUAUGUUUUCCAAAUGUUUACAAAUUGCCCAAUUGGUCUAGCAAUGGUCAACAAUGACACGAACGAAGGCAAUAGUUCAAUUCUGAGCGAGAGUGCCAAUUUCCAAGUAUCUCAUAAUGAACAUGGUUACACUUUGUUGGUAUUCACAUCCGAAGGCAAAUGCCCUGAACAUAUUUCUUGGAAAUUGCGGAUAAUUGGAUCUAGAGACUAUCCACUUCCAUAUUCGUUUUCACCGAUUCAUGGCAGAACAGACCUUCCUCCAUUAACACCAUUAAGACGUGGCUUCGAAGGCUUAUACAUACCAGAUAAGGAAAGUAAUAUUUUCUGCAAGUGUAUGUUAAAAGUGAAGAAUAGCUGUGCCCUUUCCUUAGCCUUGAUUUCAUCUUCCCUUCUAGCUGAAUUAACUUUGAAAAUCAGAGGCCAUGGUCAGAAAAUUAUAACUGAGCAUACAAAUAUUCAUAGAGUUUACCUACCUUUCAUCUUUCUUGAUGCAUCAGAAGGAAUUGAAUCAGUUGACGGUGAUGGCUGGUCAUUUCUUAUUGAGGCUCAAGUUGAGAAAAAUUCAUGGUUAUUAUCAGAAGAAAAUAAAACAGCAUUGAAAGAUUUCAGAGAUUCGGAAGCAAGUAGAAGAUUGAAGAAACCUGCGAAAAAAUCUUCCUAUCUCGACUUUCAUGGGAUAGAUCAGAUGCCCACUUGGCAUUUAAGAGCAUGCUUUGACCAAGAAGCUGGUGAUCCGCAGCUACUUCCCGAUACACAGAUUGCAGACGAGCUACGUCGUCAAAAGGAGAAUUGGGUGAGUGCUGGCGAUGAAGCUCAACUUUUGGAGGCCCUACAGUGUCAACAGAAGUUUCUCGAAGACUAUCCAGAAGACUAUGCCAAUGCUUGGAAAAGUCAUCAUGUUUCUCAGCAAAACGGUGCAAACUAUAGAAUAGUUCAAACUGGUGAUAACGAGGAGAAAGAAGUGAGCAGAGCUCUAUUAACCAGAUCAGUCCUCGAUGAAUACAGCAAAGUUGAGAAAGAAAGUCCAACAGCUACCCAAAAAGAUGAAGCCCCCCUCUCAACCGAUGAAAUAAUUGAAAGGACGAACAGAGCCAUAGAUCUGAGUAUUCUUAGAGGACAAGAGUACGUGAGGAUGCGAGGAUUCAAGGAGAUGAGAAAACUGCGCAUCGAGAGCGUUUUGAUAAUCACAUUAUGCAUUAUUGGAAACGCAGACUGCAGUGUGGACUUGAGUUGGAUUUGGGGCAAUAAUAAACAUGAUGACGGUGUCAGCAAUCCCCCUGCCAAUAAGAGCGAAUCAAAACCUCCUGCUCCUGGCCCUGCCCCUGCCCCUGCCAACGUCUGUAAAGAUCCUAACGACCAGUAUGUUCUUAAAAAGUCUACAGAUGAAAAAAUGACGCAAUUAGCAAACAGUGCAGUGCAAGAAGAUGCUUUGGCCAUAGUGGAUCGCAUGAGCCCAGAAGUGGUGGAAGUGGAGGAUGAGGUAGCACAUAAGUGUGAUCAGCCACAAUGUCAAUGCCCAAAAAAUGAUCAUCCCUGCACUGUACCUGCAACGACGGCCGCUAUAGAAGUUGAAGAAGCAGUUAGUGUAAGUCCAAGUCCGAGAUUGAUCAGAAAUGGUAAUGGUAUUGCUUUCAAAUAUGAGGUCGAUUUUGCAACGCCUUUAUUUGGUAUGAGAGGAUUCCGAGGAGCUGUGGCAGCAGGCUACAUCACUCCAAAAUCAAAGGCAGAAAACGUUGAAGCCUUUAAAGCAUUCACUACCUACACUGAAGGCACUACUAAGAUAUUCCUGGUUGGUGAAUUCGGACUCAUUAAGAAAGAUAAUACCACUUGGGGAAUAACAGGUGAAGUUUUCCUCGAAUUGAAAUUUGGUCAGGGCGAAGUACAUAUUGGUUUCGGAAUGAAAGUGACUACGCCGUUCAAAUCGUAUGGACUGGAGAAAGAAGUGGGAAACUACAUGAAGGAAAGUCCACCAUUCUGUAUAACAAUACCUCAGAUUGCUGGAAUAAGAUUCUGUCAAGUGGCAUUCGAUUUCAUUUUCCGAACCAAUUUCACUGGCAGUGCAUGCAUUCAAACUGAAAUCAAGCACCUGGUUUGCCCACUCCCACUAGUCACCAUUCAGUAUCACUGUUUAAAUUUCAAUGGUAGGAAAUUCUUUAUUACUAAAACAACACGUAAGUCUGGUGUUAUCAAUCCAAAAGAAAUUUACACAUCAUAUACAAGAAGAAAUCCAUCACCUAAUAACAAAAAUGGCAAAGGAAAAGAUUCAAAAGGAAAAGGAUCUAAAGUAGUAGAUUGCAAAGGAAAACAAGCCCAGCCUCCUUCCACUAACCAGAACAAGGAUAAGGAAAAAAAUAUAAAAUCAAGUACAGAUAAUUGUAAUAGAAACAAAGCUAGUCCCAGCCAACCACCCCCUUCUACAAAGUUCAGCAAUAACGCUUACAAAAAGCAAUGAAGCAACGUCUUACAAAGUUCCCCUAAAAUAAGAAGACUUCAAAAAAUAUCAUUUCAGUUUUGGAUGUCAGGCAACUUUUUGUGGGGAAUGCUCUUAUUUAUAUUUACAACCGCCAUGAGAAUGUUUUUAUAAAGGUACAUAAAUACAUAUGCAAGGGUAUUUUUCUCAAUAAUUGAACAAUAUGUAUGUAGAUAAUAGAUAAGUUUUAUUAUUAUGUAUUACUUUAUAAUGAUGUAUUUCAGUCUCAUAUUAAAUAACUUAUUAUUCCGUCCUAUGUUCAACACAGUUUAUUGUAACUAUUUGAAGAUAAUAAAAUUCU